AUGAAUUUACGAAAUAUUCUAAAAAGGCGGUUUCGGAUUCUCGAUCAACAGGCUCUAGAUCAAGAGCGCUCUAUUGAUGUGUUCAACGAUGUGAUUGCUUUUCUGCGGAAUUAUCUAUUCGUCGUUGGGAUGGAUGUUUUGGACGAAGAUUACCACUGGAACAUGCGGACCACAAUUUGUGCUCUGUCACUAGCAACGUACUUCACAUUUAUGAUUCACACUUUAUACCUCAACUGGGGCCAGUGGAUUCUGGUUUUGGAGAGUUGUACGAUAACGGGUAUCGGGUUCCAAGGUAUUGUUAAAAUGCAUGAUGGUUUGAAGCACUUCGAGUUCUUCAAUAAUCUAUACAGAGGGCUGAAGGCUAUGCAUGAACGCAAUGCCACACACAAGGAGAAUAAUCGGGUUCUGGUGUUCAGUACUUUGCUGAUUCAUUACAUUUUUAGAGCUUUUUUGCUUAUUUAUUUCUUCGCUGGAAUUGGGUUAGCCCUAUUUCCUAUGUUUAUGUACAUACGCCACAACGAACUGGUGAUGGUUAUGAGGGUACAAAUUCCAGGAAUUGAUCCUACCAAUGAGAUCGAGUUCAUUAUCACGACUAUUUAUCACGUAAUCUUACUCGGCUUGGGCAUUGCCGGAAUUCUAGCCGCAGAUUUGGCAAUUAUGGUACUAGUGCUACAUAUCGUAGGAAUCGUGGAUGUUUUUAGAAACUCAUUGAAAGAAUUGGAUCAGUUGCUAGAAGACGAAGAGCGUGACGAGGAUAUGAUUCACAGGAAAUUGUUGGACAUUUGUGUUAUGCAUAAGGAGUUGAUAGCGUACGAAGAAGGAUUAGAUUCAACGUAUGGUGUGGCGGUCUUUGUGCAAGUUCUAACAUCGGUAUCAUGUCUCGCAUUGUCUCUAUUCAUCUAUUACGUAACGGGUAAUUUCGGUAUUGGAUUGUUCAUUAUUGGAGCCUUUUUUCAACUGCUGGAGUUUUGUAUGCUCGGAACAGCACUCACCAUCAAAAAUGAGCAUAUAGAGCAGGCACUCUACGACAUCCGUUGGUAUAAGCUAUCCAAAAGGGAUCAGAAAACCUUGGGUUUCGUGCUUUUCCGAUCGCAGAAUGCUGUUGAAAUGACAAUCGGUGGGUUGGCUCUGCUGAAUAUGGAAACGUUCGUGGAGGUGGGUUUUCUGAUGUGA